AUGCUAGUUUUUAGACGUCCAGUAUACCAGCUCUUUACAAGAGGGUUUGCUUAUUCAAGAAUAAUUCGCAAUGAAGCAAAAGUUCCCAAAUUUUCUCCAGUAGAAUUGGAGGCAGCUCGUUUGGCACGAGAAGCAGGGUUAGGUUGGUUGAAACAUUUCCCUCGUAAAGUGAUUCCCUAUUUAGAGUUAAUGCGUUUGGAGAAGCCAGUGGGUACGUGGUUGUUGUUGCUUCCUUGUUAUUGGGGUAUAACCAUGGCAUCGUACUCUAUAGCAGCACCGUUGUGGGUGACUACCAAAGCAAUUGCAUUGUUUUCUGUGGGUGCGUUAGUAAUGAGGGGUGCUGGGUGUACCAUCAAUGAUAUUUGGGAUAGAAAUUUGGAUAACCAGGUUGCCCGUACUAUGGAGAGACCAAUUACCAGUGGAAGAGUUUCAGUCCCACAAGCUGUUGCGUGGUUGGGCGUACAAUGUUUUGCCGGGUUGGCAGUGCUAUUAAGUUUGCCAUUUGAAUGUUUUUAUUUAGGUGCGUUGUCGUUGCCGUUUGUUGCCGCAUACCCGUUGUUUAAACGGUUUACGUACUAUCCACAGGCAAUGUUGUCGAUUUGUUUUAGUUGGGGGUGUCUCUUGGGGUUCCCUGCUGUUGGGGCGCCAUUGAAUUUAUGGGUUGCUGUGCCAUUGUUUAUUUCCAACUGGAUUUGGUGUUUGACAUAUGAUACGAUCUAUGCACAUCAAGAUAAGAAGUUUGACAUCAAGGCUGGUAUAAAGUCUACUGCAUUGGCAUGGGGCGACAAAACUAAACCUAUAAUGAAAGGGUUGACGGUUGCACAAGCCGGUUUUUAUGGUUUUGCUGGUUUUAUGAACUCUAUGGGUCCUGGGUUUUAUAUUGCUGGUGCAUAUGCUAUUGCAAGAUUGUACAACCAAAUUCUUAAAGUCGAUUUGGACAAUCCAAAGAGUUGUUGGAGUGCAUUUACAUCGAAUAUUGGUACCGGGUUUAUCUUUUGGUAUGGAAUUGUGUUUGACUAUAUAUUGUUGCUACUUGGAUACAUCUAA